UAUAAAUAGAACGGAUCAGCAUAACUUUGGGAUAAAAUUAGCUGGCCGUUUGUGGCUCUCCAGCCUGCUUGCUGGGUGCUGCUCUCCUGAGAGAUCACAGCUCAGCUUGCGCAGGGAGCCGAGGAUGGAAGGCAGCACAGCGCCCAUCACCAAAGCUGGAGCUACCAAGUUAGUUAAGAGAAAUUUUCUUGAGGCUAUAAAAUCCAAUGACUUCGGAAAAUUGGAGGCUAUUUUAGCCCAAAAGCAAAUAGAUGUGGACACAGUGUUUGAAGUUGAAGAUGAGAAUAUGGUUCUGGCAUCUUACAAGCAAGGUUAUUGGUUGCCCAGUUAUAAAUUAAAGUCUUCCUGGGCAACAGGCCUGCAUCUGUCAGUUCUGUUUGGUCAUGUGGAAUGUCUUCUGCUGCUGCUGGACCACAAUGCUACCAUCAACUGUCGCCCCAACGGAAAGACCCCGCUCCACGUGGCUUGCGAAAUGGCCAACCUGGACUGUGUGAAGAUCCUCUGUGACCGUGGUGCAAAGCUCAAUUGCUAUUCUCUGAGUGGACACACGGCGCUGCACUUUUGCACAACGCCAAGCUCCAUCCUCUGUGCCAAGCAGCUGGUAUGGAGAGGCGCCAACGUGAACAUGAAGACCAACAACCAGGAUGAGGAGACACCCCUGCACACGGCCGCCCACUUCGGCCUCUCGGAGCUGGUGACCUUCUACGUGGAGAACGGGGCGGUCGUGGACAGCGUGAACGCCCACAUGGAGACGCCGCUGGCCAUCGCCGCGUCCUGGGCGCUCCGCUUCAAGGAGCAGCAGUACAGCCCGCAGCACCACUUCAUCUGCCGCACGCUGCUGGACCACAAGGCUGAGGUCAACGCCCGCGACGAUGACUUCAAGUCUCCUCUGCACAAGGCGGCCUGGAAUUGCGACCACGUGCUCAUGCAUAUGAUGCUGGAGGCCGGCGCCGAGGCCAACCUCAUGGAUAUCAACGGCUGUGCAGCCAUCCAGUACGUGCUGAAGGUCACCUCCGUGCGACCUGCUGCCCAGCCCGAGAUCUGCUACCAGCUGCUGUUGAACCAUGGGGCUGCACGGAUAUACCCUCCCCAGUUCCACAAGGUGAUAGAGGCUUGCCAUUCUUGUCCCAAAGCAAUUGAAGUGGUUGUCAAUGCCUAUGAACACAUCCGAUGGAACAUAAAAUGGAGGACAGCUAUUCCUGAUGAUGACUUGGAGAAACACUGGGAUUUUUACCACUCUCUCUUCACGGUGUGCUGUAACACUCCGAGGACCCUCAUGCAUUUAUCGAGAUGUGCCAUUCGAAAAGCACUGCACAACAGAUGCCACAAAGCAAUUCCUUUGCUUUCCCUCCCAUUGUCAUUGAAAAAGUACUUGCUCUUAGAGCCAGAGGGAAUCAUUUAUUAAGCCUUAUGAGACAGCAGUUCCCAAUCCUAGACAUUUAAGUGGACUCGCUGGGUAGACACAGUUUGCAUAAAUAAAAUGGUACUUGGGCUCAUUAUAACACUUCAGGGAUUUCAGAACACUUUACAAACACUAUGUCAUUAAUCCUGGAGUAUCAUGGCGAGGGGAACCAAGCAAGGAAAGUUAAGGAAUUUUCAAAGACAAGAAUGUAUCUGGAAGGUACUGACGUCACAGUAGUAGCUCAUAUGCAUAGUGUCCUUAUUUGAAGCCUCACACAUUUUGUAAAACUUUUCAUACAUUAUCUAAUCUAAAGAGGGACCCACAUUUUUCUUACAACCAAUCUCAUUCUCUACCUUAUCAGUAAUAAGUUUACAUUACCAUUUAGUUUGCCAUAGCAGGUUUUGUGAGUGGCCUCUUUCACUUGUUGUUGUAGCCCAUGGGCAUUGAGCAGUCAUUACUGUCACUCGUUUUACAAACUCCUACUCCCCAAACCAAAGUCCUCAGAACAUGAGUAUAGUUGAAACCAGGACAUCUUUGAGUCAAGUGAGAAACAGGAAAGAAAGUCCAGUCCACUUAGUAGUCAGGAAUUCAGCACGCACUGAGCCGGAGACUGGAGAUAUGGAGGAGUCUGCUCUGACUUCUGCUCUCCUGAGUCUCACCCUUUAGCAGAGGAUCCGGACAUACAAGCAGGUGACUGCAGUAUGGAGAAACGGGGCGAGUACAGGUGCAGAUGUGUUUAUAGUGCUUAUCUUCAAAAGUGUGCUUCUGAUGUGAACCAUGGGAUUGUAAUUUGAUGCAUGAAGACAAAGAGUGAGAGACUAUGUGAUGUAGAGGGAUCCCCUGCUGCUCAUAGCAUAAAUGUAGUUAAACUUCUCCAAACAACCUAGAUAGUGUUUUAUUUUAUAUAGUUUCCUACUUAGUACCUUUCCAGAUGCUGAGAACCAUAGUGUACAGUCAGUGGCAUCCCUAUAGAAAACAGGGAGAUCUAGAAAAGUGGGCAAAAGAAAGGGUGUCUUGAGCUUUUUCUACACCAGACAUAGAUUUCAGAACAUUUUAGCUCAAAGAUAAGAAGCCUCUUGCUAGGAUGGCACCCUUCAGAAAGCACAGCGCUUAAAAAUGGUGAAAGUUUGAGAAUCCUGGAGAUGUAAGUGUGUGUGCUAAUCAGACUUUUUAGGAUAGUGUUUUGCAGAAGGAAAAAUGUAGAUGAUUUGUCAGUGGGCCUCCUGGCGAAUUUUGCUUCAGUAUUUUGUUCUUGCCAAUCACUGUUAGAUAAGCUUAUGAUCUCUGGGCAUGACGUUUUUAGAGCAGAGGUAAUGGAGUACAAAAUCAUUGACCUGCCUGUUGUGCAGAAGCUUCUUUCUUGUGUGUGGCCUUGCAUCUCAUUUGCUAUUGGAUACUUGAGUGUUGACUACAUAUAAUGUCAAAUAUUCCACUAGGUUUCCAUUAGGAUGUGCUUCUAACCUGGGAUUUUCUUAUUCCCAGAGCUGUGUAGGAAAACCAAUAGGCAGGCAAAAAUCAUCAUUUUGAAGUAUCAGUUUUAUUCAACUUAUUAGGGAAAAUAGUUUGUAAUUAAACAUGAUAUCUAUUGUGGAGCAGAAUGCUGAGUUUAUGUGAAUCAUGUUAAAAAGUAGUUUGCUUAAGUACAUGGUACUAGACCCAUCCCAGAAUAGUCAAAGGGUUGUGAGGUCCUUCCACCUUCAAACACAUUCUGGUAGAAAACUCUGUGAUUGACUCACUUACAACAAGUAACCAGAUGCUGAGGACAAGAGAAGAGGCGACGACGUUCCUUGCAGGGGAAAUAAAAUACUUCUAACCUGGCUUACUUGUGUUUAAACAUUCACACUAGUUUAUCAGAAUAUGUGGCUAGUUGUUUUGAAUUAUUUGUGGACUUAAUGUGAUUUUUCUUUAUUUUUGAACUUGUACUUAAAUCAAAUAAAGCUCACUUUGAUUCCUUCA